AUGACUCUUAUAAAAGCAAAGGAUCGGGUAAAAGGCCUAAUCAAAACAAAAAUAGUUCUUGGAGCAAAUAAAAAUGGUGAUAAAUUAGUUGUAAGAUCAAUCAUAAAUGAUCAUAAUCAUGUAAUAGUUCCAGAGACUUUUCAACACACAUCACAGCAAAGAAAAUUAUGCGAGGAAGAGAAACAACAAGCUGAGUUGAUGAUCGGUAUGGGAGCCAAUCCCACUAAGGUGAAAGAGUAUCUUUCGCAGAGGUCGACCAAAAGGAGCAACACUAACCUGUUUAGGCAUGCCUUCAAAACAUUGCAAAUCUAUAUCUUUUGCUUCGAAGCCAACAAGAGAAAAGCAAAAACUGAUGUUUACAAUGGUUAUUUGGUAAUGGACAAGAUUAUAAUAUUAGCAAUAUUCAAUCAGUACCAAAAUGGAUGUGUGGAACCUGUAGCAAUGAUCUUAGGGAUGUUCGAAGUGUUUCCUGUGAUUCCUGUCUCAAGUGGUUCCACUUUUCUUGUGCAGGCAUCAAAAGGCCUCCAAGUAAAAAAGAAUGGUUUUGUAAAGCAUGCAGGAAAUAAUAGCUGA